UUAAAGUGUCUGUCAGGGAGGCUUCAUUAGUCAGUCAGAGGGAGGAAAGCUGUGACUCACGCCUGCGCGCAGAGACCAAUGGGCAGCCAAAGCCCCUCAUAUAUAUAUAAAUAACGCAUAAAAAUAUUCUUCAGGGAGACUGGGUGACUUGCUGGAUGGGAUUUUCUCCGCUGGUUUUCCGCCGACGAACCCACUGGAGUGUUUCUUGUCGCGUCUUCGGCUGUUGAUUCGUUAAUAACCUGGACUGCCGACUUAUUCCACAGCUGAAGAUAACGCAGGAGCGAUGGCCACGUCUGAACCCAGAACCUCGGCUGGGGAGCAGGACCCCAACUCUGCCAAUUUAAGACCCGCGACCACAACCAACGAGUACGCGUGGAUGCACGGAUGCACACGGAAACUCGGGAUGAAGAUCUGUGGGUUCCUGCAGAAGAACAACAGCCUGGAGGAGAAGGGGAGACUUUCCGGGCAGAAGAACCUGCUCUCCUGUGACAACAGUGACCGGGACACCCGCUUCCGUCGAACCGAGACCGACUUCUCUAACCUUUUCGCUCGAGACCUCCUGCCUGCGAAAAAUGGAGAAGAACCGACACUGCAGUUCUUGUUGGAAGUGGUCGACAUCCUCACCAACUAUGUCAAGAAGACGUUUGACCGCUCAACCAAAGUGCUGGACUUCCACCAUCCGCACCAGCUGCUGGAAGGCAUGGAGGGCUUCAACCUGGAGUUGUCGGACCAGCCCGAGUCUCUGGAGCAGAUUCUGGUGGACUGCCGGGACACGCUCAAAUAUGGUGUGCGGACAGGUCACCCUCGCUUCUUUAACCAGCUGUCGUCUGGUCUGGACAUCAUCGGUCUGGCCGGAGAGUGGCUCACCUCCACCGCCAACACCAACAUGUUCACGUAUGAGAUCGCCCCUGUCUUUGUGUUGAUGGAGCAGCUGACUCUGAAGAAGAUGAGAGAGAUGAUCGGCUGGCCGAACGGAGAGGGAGAUGGAAUCUUCUCUCCCGGAGGCGCCAUUUCAAACAUGUACAGUGUGAUGAUCGCCCGUUACAAGUAUUAUCCUGAGGUCAAGACCAAGGGCAUGUCUGCAGCUCCCCGGCUGGUGCUGUUCACCUCUGAACAUAGCCACUACUCCAUCAAGAAGGCCGGGGCUGCUCUGGGCUUUGGAACUGAGAACGUGAUUCUGCUCAGCACAGAUGAGAGGGGGAGAGUAAUUCCUGCAGACCUGGAGGCGAAGAUCAUUGACGCCAAACAGAAAGGUUACGUGCCGCUCUUUGUCAAUGCAACAGCCGGCUCCACCGUCUACGGAGCAUUCGACCCCAUCAAUGAGAUCGCCGACAUCUGCGAGAAGUACAACUUGUGGCUCCACGUUGACGGAGCUUGGGGCGGCGGACUGCUGAUGUCCCGGAAGCACCGGCACAAGCUCAAUGGAGUCGAGAGGGCCAACUCUGUGACAUGGAACCCUCACAAGAUGAUGGGUGUGCCUCUGCAGUGCUCCGCCAUCCUGGUCAGAGAAAAGGGAAUACUGGCAGGAUGCAACUCCAUGUGCGCCGGCUAUCUCUUCCAACCUGACAAGCAGUACGAUGUCACCUACGACACCGGGGACAAAGCCAUCCAGUGUGGACGCCAUGUUGACAUCUUCAAGUUCUGGCUCAUGUGGAAAGCCAAGGGCACCAUUGGUUUUGAGCAGCACAUCGACAAGUGUCUGGAUCUGUCUCAGUAUUUGUACAACAAGAUCAAGGACAGGGAGGGGUACCAGAUGGUCUUCAACGGAGUGCCGCAGCACACCAACGUUUGCUUCUGGUACAUUCCACCCAGCCUGAGAGGGAUGCCAGACGGUGAGGAGCGGCGGGAAAAGCUCCACCGGGUGGCACCAAAGAUCAAGGCCAUGAUGAUGGAGUCCGGCACCACCAUGGUGGGCUAUCAGCCUCAGGGUAACAAAGUCAACUUCUUCCGUAUGGUGGUGUCCAACCCGGCGGCCACCCAGUCCGACAUCGACUUCCUCAUCGAUGAGAUCGAGCGGCUGGGUCAGGAUCUGUAGACACGCUGGGAGUUCUGAGGAGUCAGACAUCCAGUGUGCCGCGUACAGAUGGGGAAAGCGUCUCUCUUCGCCUGUCGCAUUUUGGAUGUGUCGUCUGAAGAGAAACUAGCAAUGAGAGAGACUUCAAGAUUCUUACUUGUGUCCCACGUUGUUCCACCUUUAGACCAGAUAUAUAACCACCACGUAUCUGACCGCCCAGGUGCGACACUCAUAGGGUGUUUAUACUCAGUGUUUAAUCUCGUCUUUACCGUCGGUGUUUAAGACAGAAUGUGUGAGUGAAUGUGUAGAUGGGAGGAGAAGCACAGAUCAAAACUAUCACAGCACCGUCAAUACAGGGUGCAUCUGUCUGUACAUACACCCCAUCUUCUUACUAUGACCAAGCUCCCAAACGUGCGUGCGUGUGUGUGUCUUGUAUUUUAGGGUGUGAACGAUAAGCUAUAAGACUUCAUGUGCACAACAUAGUUCCGCUGUGUGUGUUCAAUUAUAGUGCAAUACGAUUCCUUUCAGAGGUUUAAAAGAUUAUAAAUAACAGGCGAAACACUGGCUUGUUUGUUUCAUGCAAUCAUGUGUUGUGUUUGUUCUACACCUUUGGUUCCCGCUGUAUGCAAAUUCAGGUAUUUUACUGUAGACGUGUUGAACAUUUGUAAUCACAGGAGUCUUAUUUAUUUGUCUGCCAAAGAAAAUGAGAGCGUCCUUCACUUCUGAUAAAUUAUAGAUGUUUGUAAAAAAAAUAUAUAUAUAAAUACAUAUAUGUAUAGUGUUGCCUACUGACCCUUGAUGGAGAUGCAAUAUCUAUUGUGUGUUACUUUUCUGUGAUUGUGAGUCUCAGACUGAAUGUGUUGAGAUGACUGACUGUGGGAAAAUGUCGUCUCUGAGAUUACCAAGAAAGGACUGUGUCUGAAUUCUAAUGCAUUUAUUGUAAUAUAGUCUACUAACUGUGAUACAUAUUAGCUGUAUUCUCAGUGUUUUUGGAGCUCCGUGGACGAGUUCCUCUUUCUUUCCACCAUUGUAAAUGGACGUGUUCUACUGCAGUAUAAUAUAUAGAGUUUUAAGUAAACAGAGUAUUUAAUUGGUGAAAGGGACCAUUUUAUGUGAACUGUAGGGUAAAUCUCAUAUAUAUAUCUAUAUAUAUAGAUAUAUAUAUAGAUAUAUAUACAAAUGAAGUGUUGACUGUUCAAGGCUGGAGACGCAGCCUGGUGUGGAGGAAUGUUGGCCAGGAUGUUUUAAGGAGGCACUUUAACAGAAUGAAAAAGAUCUUUAAUAAAGUCUAUUAAAGGAAGAUAA